AUGGACCAAAAGGCCGUCCCCACACUGCUGGAGCUUGCAAUGAAGUCUCUGCUGACUAAUGAGCCUGCAGCAAUCCAAGCUCUGGAUGAACUCCCAAGAGACAUCUUUGUUCCUUUGUUUACUUGUGCCUUCUUGGGAAGAAAGAAAGAAAUGCUAAAGUCAAUGGUGAAAGUUUGGCCCUUUUAUUGUCUGCACAUUGGAAGAUUGACUACCGAAGACUCAACUUAUAAAAUUUUGAAAGCCAUGGUGGAUGGUCUUCAUCUCCUCCCUGCCCAGAACUCUUACCCAUGGGGUUCAAAACUGAGGGUCCUGGAUUUAAGGCAGGACUACAACCAUGGAAUAGUAUGCACAUACAGGGUAAAAUACCCAUUUUGUUCACAGUCUUGUGCUUAUGCUCAGCACUCCAACCUGAAAUUAAAUGAAGCACAACCCAAUUUAAUGUGUGUUGAAAUGGAUACUUCAGAAUCUGAGCCUCUGCCAGUCAAGGAACACAUUGAAUUAUUGAUUGAUAUUUCUUUCAAUUCUACCUUAAGAACAAAACGAUUUCUUUCUUUCCUUAAGAGUAAAAUUGAGCAGAGCUAUGGGUGUUUGCACCUAUGUUGCCGAAAUUUGCAACUUGAUAAUUUGUCAGCACCUACAAAUAGCCUGCAGGUCUUGGAUCCGGCAUGCAUUGAUCACCUGGAAGUGAAUGAGGGUGACCUGAAGAAAGUCACCACCCUUUUACCUCAGUUGAUCCACCUCAAUAGCCUUAGUUUCAAUGAUGUUCCCUUUAAACUUUGUAAGGGGAAGCACUUCAGAAACUUCGUUAUCUGGCUUGGAAAGCUGAACAACCUCAAUGAGCUCAAGUUAUCUUUUUUCUGCCUUAGAAAUCAACUGCACAAACUUCUCAGAGUCCUACCACCUCAGCUGGAGACAUUGAGUCUGUCUUGCUGUUAUCUUUCUACCAGAGAUAUCAUUUUCCUAUCACAGAGCUCUCAGGUUACCCAAUUAAAGCUGCUGAAUCUGAGUCACAACCAAAUGUUAAGGGAAGUUUGUGAGCCCUUAAAAACUAUGCUGGAGAGGGUCUCGGGCACCGUUCAACAUCUAGAGUUGAACAACUGCCACAUAACCAAUUCUACUCUCUCUGUUAUUCUUCCAGCCCUGAGCCACUGCUCAUGCCUCCAAGUUUUUAGUUUUAAUUGUAAUCCUAUCACAAUACGUGCACUAAUUGACAUUCUGCAAUAUUUAACAGCCUUGACAGAGCUGAAGCAUGUGAUUUAUCCUAUCCCUAUUGAUUGCUAUGAACAAUGGGAUAUUAAUGGUAUUUUGAACCAGCAGAAACUUGUGGAAGUACAGACCCAGUUGAAGUUGAUGCUGCAGGAAGCAAAGCGAGAAGACAUGUACUGGACCGCUUUUCCUCAGUAA